AUGACAGAUAUUGAGUGGAAAUUUCUACAAGAUCAGCGAAGUGAGAGAAACAUGUAUUGUCUAGACUAUGUAGAUAAAAAGUGGUCAAAGCCAAGAGAAAAACGUAACCAAGACUUGCGUGCUCUUGAGAAAAUGAGAAAGUUCAGAGACAGUGAACAAUACAUGUCCACAGUGACCAUUUUUGACAGUAGUGAAGCUUCAGCAGAGGAUAUUGGUGAAGAGUCCUACAAACCAUCAGAUGAAGCAGAGAGUGAUCCACCUACAAGAAAAAAGAGAAUAGUUUUCCAAGAAUCUGAAGCUUUGGAUGAUCCAUUGCCCAGCGAGUUCAAGUAUGUACGCUGUAGUAUACGAAAGGUCAGACCAGAAUUUUAUGAAAUAGUUAACAAGUUGAAAAGCUGUUUGCACAUGUCACAAAACCAAGCAGAAGCUGCUGUACUUGAAACAGCUAACAAAAUGUUUGGAAGACACUGGAAAUGCCAUAAUGAGGGAGGUGUAAUAGAAAAGAAGAGUGUCAGAGAUGUAGGAAAGAGCAAUGAAAUCAUGGCACAUGACCAGAUGAUAAAAUAA